AUGAGGGCAAGUCAAGAUGCAUUGAAAUUUAUUGACAGCAUUAGCUCGUUGGAUGCAGAAGCCGACCAAGCCGCCGGUCCAACUCCUGUUCCUAUCCAUGAGCUCGCGCCGCGAAGGAAAGUCGUAUGGGUGUGGGUUUGUUGCCAAUGCGGAACAAGUGGUAUGAAGGUCAGCGUGGACCCUUGUCCUUGCUGUGGUAACUACAGAUGUCCAAACUGCGCAACUCGCCGAUUUGGUUAG